GAUCUACUAUCUACAGCGGGUCGCCCUCGAGUGAUAAAAUGUAAAUGCUCGAAGCAGUGGCAGAGCCAACCCGAAUGGGGGCGCAUUGAUUGGAACACGGCUGCUGAUGCGACAUGCAUAUCAAUUAAUUACCCGCCAUGGCUGGGGCUGGGGCGGCUGUUACAUUUGGCUGGGCAGCGGCGGACACUGUGUCAUGUGGGAUUGGGUAAUGAUUACAACAAAAUACAAGAGCUGGCGACUGAUUGCAAAUCGCUGGACACUCUCCGUGGCUCGGCCUGGGCGCAUGCAGUUGGCCGAAUUUAUUCAAAUCAGUUUAGUUCCGUUUGAGGAAGAGUUGAGGUGUCGUCUCUGCGAGUGGAUCCAUCGUAGCAGUUGCAAUGUGCAAAUACGUCUUAAUUGCUGCACUGGCCUUAAUAUGUCUGCAGGUGCCCGCCGUCCAAGCCACGCUGCACGACCUGCAUGAGGCCUUUGGUUUCUCGAACGUGGAUCUGGUAAACUUUCAGUACUUCAAGAACCUGGCCUCACAAGAUCCGCGCACUGCUGCCACCGCCAGUCACCUUUUCGUGCACUUUCAGAAGAAGAAAGCCGUGCUGGACUACCUAGACCGCUUAUUCUUCGGCAACUCACCCUUCCAGCAGGCCAGCGAGAUCCCCUUCGACCCGCACUUUGGUCGCGCCUGGCGGCCACACUACGAGUGCAAGUUUGGUUUCCGCGGCGAACGCCUGAUAGCCGCCCUGGACUCAGGCUACACCGUACGGCAGUUGCGCCACUUUGGAGCUAUUCCCCAAGAGUUCGGCACGCCACACUAUCCCAGUUGAGCGUACUGCAU